AUGCUGCGGUUUCCCCCUGCCCCGUCGCAGUCUGCGCGGCUGCUGAUGGUAAUUGUGGUGGCGGUGUGCUGUGGCUGCGGCAACGUUGCCGCGGGCCCGGUGACGUACCCCUGCAGCUUCGACGAGGUGAUGCGCGGGGGUGAGGGGUUGUUGUCUGCCCCGGUGGUGAUGAAAGCCGUCCCUUCGGCAGGCGAGCCCCAGUUGGAGACGUACGUUGUCGUGAAGGAAGAGUGGGCGCCGAUCCGCAUUGUGGCGUCAAUGAAGGACCUGGAGGAUAAUAAAAAGCACUGCCAGUUGUCUACGCUUGACAAACCGAAUUUGCGUGGCGGAACUGUCAGCUGUUCACAAAAAGACAGUUUAACUCGAAAUGGCAAGAAAGAAAUACUCACCCGUGCCAUUCAUGUCGCCAUCAAACUGCACGCGGACCGUCUUCUUGUCCAGCCGCUGAAGGAUCCGUUGAAGGUGCCAAACUUCCCCAGUGACAGCGUUUGCGGGCAGUUCACGGUGCCUGAAGCGCAUCGUUCCGAGGGCGUUGACAAUGCUGACAUGGUGCUGUACGUGGCGGCUGCGCCGGGCGGUGUGUGGGCGUUGCCGUGCGCCACGCUGGAUAAUGGCCGCCCAAUCGUUGGGGUUGUGAACGUUGCCCCGGCGGAUUUGCGUUUUCCCCGGCUCGCCACUCGCAUCGCCGCGCAUGAGAUCGCCCAUGCCUUGGGGUUCGCCUACGGGAAGAUGGUGGCGAGCCACAUGGUGAAGAAUGUGACCGGCGUGCGUGGCAGGGCGUUGUCGGUGGUGGUGAACUCGAUGAACGCCGCGAUGGCUGCGAGGGAGCACUACAACUGCAACGGCAUUCAGGGCAUGGAGCUGUAUGACUUCAAGGGGGACGGGACGGGGCUGGAGUCGCACUGGUCAAAGCGCAACGCGAAGGACGAGCUGAUGGCUCCGCUCGGGGGUGCCGGCUACUACACGGAGCUGACGCUGGCCGCCUUCGCCGACUUGGGCUACUACAAGGUGAACUGGGCGAUGGCGGAGCCGAUGGGUUGGGGCAGGCAGUCGGGGUGUGAGCUGCUGCAAAAGAAGUGCUCCGAACUGGACUUGAGUAAAUACCCCAAAAUGUUUUGCGACAUGACAUUUAGGCCUCUUCAGUGCACGUCGGAUCGGUAUUUCAACGGAACGUGCGAUUCGAACAUCAUUGAAAUGUCGCCCAAUGUGCAAACGGACGUAUGCUACACGGUUGCGGCUUGGGUGCCCAGAGAAGACUUUAAUUACGUCUUUAAGCAAGAGCAGCAGCAGCGGGGGAAUAGAGGUUCACGGUAUCCAAAAAGUAAGGCUAAAAAAGUGCCUAAUCCCAUGUGGUGCCUUGACAGGCAGCUUCCACCGAAGGAGGAGGCGGAGGAAGAAGAAUACGAACAGGCAGUUGCCGCCGUCUACGCAGAGGUGAUGUGCACCGGAAAAGAGGUCAAGCUGAAAACAGGGGGUGGGGGUUUUUAUGGCAAACGUGCAAGGCCGGAGAGACAGUCACCGGGAGCUACCCUCCUUUCAAUACGGGGAAUGUCAUCUGCCCUGAAUACGCGGAGGUGUGCACGAUGUCCAUCAACGGCAGCAGCCUUCUUCCAGUGGUUGAAUGGGACGGCAAAGAGAAGGUGUGGAAGAAAGCAGCCCCUGCAGAAGAGCUGGGCCUUGCGCCGCCUGUGA